AUGGACAGUUAUCAAACUCCCCUUUCCUCCCGAUAUGCAUCCAAGGAGAUGUCAAAGCUUUUCUCUUCAGGUACCCGGUUCGGUACUUGGAGAAAGCUAUGGUUGAACCUUGCUAUCGCUGAAAAGGAGCUCGGUCUUGCCAUUUCAGACAAAGCUAUCGAGCAAAUGAAAGCAAAUCUUGACCUUGAUGAAGCUCAAAUGAAAGUGGCUGCCGAGGAAGAGAAGAAGAGAAGACACGAUGUCAUGGCUCAUGUACAUACUUUCGGCACUGUCGCCCCUGAAGCUGCCGGUAUCAUCCAUUUGGGAGCUACCUCAUGUUAUGUUACAGAUAACGCAGAUCUCAUCUUCCUUCGAGAAGGACUUGAUAUCCUUUUACCUAAACUUGCCGUCGUAAUCUCAAGAUUAACUUCAUUCGCAGAGAAAUAUCGUGAUCUACCUACACUCGGAUUCACACAUUUCCAACCUGCACAGUUGACCACAGUUGGUAAGAGAGCAACAUUGUGGAUUCAAGAAUUAUUAUGGGAUUUAAGAAACUUAGAAAGAGCAAGAAACGAUUUAGGUUUUAGAGGCGUUAAAGGUACAACUGGAACACAAGCUUCCUUCUUGACUUUAUUCAAUGGUGAUCAUGAUAAAGUUGAAGCAUUAGACAAAAGAGUCACGGAAUUAUUUGGUUUCCCUUAUGCUUAUCCCGUCACUGGUCAAACUUAUUCAAGAAAAAUCGACGCAGAUGUCCUUGGUCCAAUGUCAUCUUUCGGUGCCACUGUUCAUAAAAUCGCUACUGAUAUCCGACUUCUCGCUAAUCUCAAGGAGAUCGAGGAACCUUUUGAGAAGGAUCAGAUCGGCUCUUCCGCUAUGGCUUACAAGCGAAAUCCAAUGCGAUGUGAACGAGCUUGUUCUCUUGCCCGACAUCUCAUGGUCAUUUACCAAAACACUUUGAUGACAUCCUCCGUUCAAUGGCUCGAGCGAACUUUAGAUGACAGUGCUAAUCGAAGAGUGACCAUCCCUGAAGCUUUCCUUACAGCUGAUAUCUUGUUAACUACACUACAAAAUAUUUCAGAAGGAUUAGUAGUUUACCCCAAAGUCAUCGGUCGAAGAAUUUCACAAGAAUUACCAUUUAUGGCCACUGAAAAUAUCAUAAUGGCAAUCGUCAAAGCAGGUGGUGAUAGACAAGAAUGUCAUGAGAAGAUAAGAGUGUUAUCACAUCAAGCAGGUGCGGUCGUGAAAGAAGAAGGUGGUGAAAACGAUUUGAUUGAUAGAGUUAGAAAGGAUAAUUAUUUCGAACCCAUCUGGAGUCAAUUAGAUGAGUUGUUAGAUCCUAAUACGUUUGUUGGAAGAGCUCCAGAACAAGUUGAUGGUUUCGUCAAAGAUUGGGUCAAACCCGCUUUGGAAAAAUAUCUAGAUCAAUUAAAAGAUGUCAAACAAGCUGAAUUAUCAGUGUAG